AUGCCCAGAAGAGGCUUAGUAAUUCAAGCCAGGACUCGUUGGCUGUUGGUGGGCCUUGCUUUACUAUUCAGUUUAGUCUUGCUCAUGUAUUUGCUCGAGUGUGCUCCACAAACAGAUGGUAAUGGAUCUCUACCUGGUGUCGUAGGCGAAAACAUGGGUAAAGAAUACUAUCAAGCUCUCUUGCAGGAACAAGAAGAGCAUUAUCAAAACCGAGCUACCAGUCUGAAACGUCAGAUUGCCCAGUUAAAGCAAGAGCUUCAGGAAAUGAGCGACAAAUUGAAAUCCCUGCAGGAAAAAAAGAGCCCAAAGGUCAAUGGUAUGAACUACCAGGGCACCAAAGAACAAACAUCCAAUGAUCUCCUAGAGUUUCUUCAUUCUCAGAUUGACAAAGCUGAGGUGAGCAUGGGGGCCAAGGUGCCUAGCGAAUAUGGUGUCAUUCCUUUUGAAAGCUUUACGUCCAUGAAAGUAUUCCAGUUGGAGAUGGGGCUCACUCGGCAUCCGGAAGAGAAACCUGUUAGAAAGGAUAAACGAGAUGAAUUGGUGGAAGUUAUCGAGGCUGGCCUAGAAGUUAUCAAUAAUCCAGAUGAAGAAGAUGGACAAGAUGAAGAUGAUGGAGUAGGAGAGAGGCAGCUAUAUAGUGAAAAUGAUUUUAUAGAAGGUUACUAUCGUACAGAAAGAGAUAAGGGGACACAGUAUGAGCUGUUUUAUAAGAAGAUGGAUGGCAUGGAAUACAGGCAUGUCACCUUGUUCCGACCUUUUGGACCCCUCAUGAAAGUGAAGAGUGAAACGGUCGAUAUUUCUAGAUCGAUUAUUAACGUUAUUGUUCCUCUUGCUGGAAGAACUGAGGCAUUUGCACAGUUUAUGCAAAACUUUAGGGAUGUGUGUAUUCAUCAGGAUAAGCGUGUUCAUCUCACAGUGGUGUAUUUUGGACAAGAUGGUCUAUCAGAAGUAAAAACCAUCCUCGAAUCUGUGGCUAGAGAAACUGAUUUUCACAAUUACACGCUUGUCUCUCUGAAUGAGGAGUUUAACCGAGGCCGAGGGCUUGAUGUGGGUGCCAGAGCCUGGGAAAAGGGCGAGGUCCUGAUGUUCUUCUGUGAUGUUGAUGUUUAUUUCACAGCCGAGUUCCUCAACAGUUGUCGCUUAAAUGCUGAGCCUGGGAAAAAGGUCUUUUAUCCUGUGGUAUUCAGCCUUUACAAUCCUGCUAUUGUCUAUGCCAACCAAGAUAUACCACCCCCUGUGGAGCAGCAAUUGGUACACAAGAAGGAUUCUGGUUUCUGGCGGGAUUUUGGCUUUGGGAUGACUUGUCAGUAUCGAACAGACUUUCUGACUGUUGGAGGUUUUGACUUGGAAGUGAAAGGCUGGGGCGGUGAGGAUGUUCACCUUUACAGAAAGUACUUACACGGUGACCUCAUUGUGAUCAGGACUCCAGUCCCUGGUCUCUUUCACCUGUGGCAUGAGAAACAUUGUGCAGACGAACUCACUCCGGAGCAGUACCGCAUGUGUAUCCAGUCCAAAGCCAUGAACGAGGCCUCCCACUCGCACCUGGGGAUGCUGGUUUUCCGGGAGGAGAUCGAGGCUCACCUCCGUAAGCAGGCUUACAGGACUAACAGCGAAGCAGUGGGUUAAAUGUCAUUCCUCUGACCUUGAAUGACUUCAAAUUCACAGUGAACCAGCAUCAUUUUACAGCCUUAAUUCAGCUUACAAAUGC